GACAAGACGGGGCAGGCAAAGGGGGAGGACAAGAGCGGGGAACAACACAAGAUCCCGGGGAGUCUGGAAGUGCACGCCGUGAUGGCGGCCGGGCUAACGGGCUUUUCGGCCUUUGUGCUGCGUCCCGGCGAAGAGGGAGCCGAGGGAGAUGACGAGGAGGUCAAAGACACUGUGCAGCCGUUUCCGGCCUGGUUCAUAUAUGUCAAGGAGUGGGAAGGCGGAAGCCAGGUAAUGAACCGUUUCUGCUAGUUGCUUUUAGAACCCCCGCUGACCAGGCCCAGAGAAGCCACGAUGUUAUUAGUGACGGCCACGCCAGUGAUGACCGUCUGGACGACAUGUAUGGGGGCUAUAGUGGGACGGUGGAAGGCGCCGGUGGCGAUGGUGCUGUCAAGCUCGACAGCGAGGGAGCUGUUGGGGAGGACGGCGCCAGUAAUGGUGCUCCUACAGGGCGAAUGAGGAGAUGGGGUUUCGGUUCGGCUCUCCAGCGUCUAAGCCAAGCACGCAGGCGCGUCUGGCUCUGGCUGUGCGGGAAGGAGUGACAAGCUGUCGAGACUCGUCUCUAAAGACUUGAAAUUCAACUCGGGCUGUUAGAGUUACAUUCCGAGAACGAACGGUAGUUUCAGCAGUCCUUUUCACGGUAAGUUAGGUGGGGGAGUAAGCGAACGCCACUGAUCCAGAACAUUGUAGAUAAGCGAGGAACACAACCAACCCUCUUAUAUAAAAAGCCCAUAACUCAACCAAUUCUUUUCCAAUUCUCUUCAUCUUCAAUUCGUUUUAUUCUUCUCUUGACAAUGGUUUCAUAUACAGAAGAAGACCUUCGCAAGGCUUGCGAGGAAGCCGUCAGAACACAUC